AUGAACCUUGCCCCAGCCAUCAGAAGCAUGUUCCCUGCCAUACUCUGUGGAAAGCGAGCCAUCGACAGGGGAGUGGUGACGUUGCUGAGCGACCGACUCAACGCUGUCUCCAUGACAAAGGUGCAGAGACUGUUGCAGCAGGGCCACAGUGUGUGGUAUGUGGAGCGGCGUGACCUCUACCAGAAUCUCCUCUAUGAGGCCCACACAGCUGGAUCCACAUCAUCUCAAAGGGGCAUCCUGUCCAUGGUGAAAGCUGCUGGCACUUACACCCCGCCCAUUCCACAGUCUCCCCUUCCAUCUGCUCGUGUGCUGCGGCGAGCUCACCUUAUCAUGGAGAUUGAGAAGAUGCCAGUGUACAGAAGCCAGAUCCUCUGUGUAACCGGAGAAAUCCUCUGUAUUGAUGGUACUAGGAAGGUAUGUAUACAGUAUCAUUCUGGUCAGUGUUUUGUUUUGUCAUGUCAUGCCCAUGUAUGUUAA